ACAACUCACUUUUCGGAAAUUUCGAGUUUUAUUUAUUCAAAGAAAAUAAUGUACGAUAAAAACAUCAUAACACUAAUUUUUAUACUAGUAACAAUAUUUUGGAAUAUGACAGUCAGCAACGCAACAUACUGUGAUAGAAAUAAUCCUUGUAAAUACGAUGGAACAUGUUAUCGAGGAAGAUGCAUCUGCUCUGCAUCGUGUUUUAAUAAAGGGGCUAUGAUAAUGUGUGGAGAAGACGGCAAUCACUAUAUGAAUUACUGUUUUCUGAAGAUGCAAUCAUGUGAACAACAGCGUGAGAUUAAAAUAAGAUGCGUCGGCAUGUGUUCAACGUGUGAUACAAUGCAAAGCAAUAAUCCGAGACAGAAAGUGAUCUUAUCGUCGCAAGGUCAGAUACGACUAUUUCAAAGUUCAAUGACAAAAGUUUGCUCAAUGGAAGAUACGUAUUGUUUGAACUACGGACUCUGCGUAAAAAAUUCUGGAGUUCGAACAUGCAUAUGUCCACAUGGUUACACAGGUGAGCGGUGCGAAAGGAAAGAACACCGGAAAACCCCUUAUCGAAGCCAACCUUUGAUUGGAACAAACGAUGAAGACAUACAGAUAUCGAAGGAAGUGUCAAUAACGUUUACUUUGGUAUUAUGCGCAACGUCGGCGAUGGGCGUCGGGAUAAUUGCGUCGUUCAUAUAUUACAGGAUAAGGCUGAAAAAAAUUCAGAAUGAAGAAAACGAAGAGACGACGAACGAAAAAGAUGUUCUGGAUAUUAUUAACGAUAACAGAACGAGUAAAAGUUUUUAUGUGACAACAUGCACAGACGUUUGACCUCAAUGAUAUUGAUAGCAAUAUAAUAACGGCUUACAUGGAUGCUUUUCCUCACAUUUCUACGACCCCGGAUAAGGAUUAUAUUUUAUUGUCGAAAUCAAAAACGCAGUUGAUUUUGAUUAAGUCCUUUUGCAGCUAUUUUUAGCAGUAAUCGUUUGAAUCAUCGUUUUGAUUUUGUCUUAUUUUGAACGUAGAGUCGUUAUUUAAACUGGAUCAACAGUCUUGAAUAUCAGGAUUAAAAAGGCAUCAGAUCGUGUUCAGGUAUUUCACUUUGGUUUUGGAAAGAAAUUAAAUGAGGUUGAUUUUUGUGAUACCAAACUUUCAUAUAGUUCAUAAAGGUUGGAUACGGCCUGCGGGGUUUACGUCUGCUGAGGCCAGUCGUGUGUACUGAAACACGAUUAUCGUAACAAGGUGCUAGAGAUGGACUUGGUUGAACAGCAGCAUAGAAAUUCCUAAAUUCAGUUCUUAAAUUUUUCUUAAAUAAAUACGUUUCAUAUAUUUUAUCACUAAUUUCCACUGCCCAGCAUAACAAGUUGCAUCUGCCUUCCUAAAAACGUUUUGGAGAGAGAAGCUUAUUUUUAAUUAGCAUUUAACCGAUUUAUCAUACAAUCGUUAAUGUGUAAUAAUUUAUCCACUGUCUUGAAAAUAAAUGAUUUGAUCGUGCUUUUACGUACUUAUUGUUUUUUAUGCUAUUCUGUUCAAAAUGAUACGAUUAUUGACCGCGAUCUUACGAUAAGCGUUCAAAAUAAAUAACUUCACUGUGAUCGAAU